AUGAAAGUCGUCGUCGAACCCUACAACCCCGCCUGGGCAACGCAAUUCCAGGAGCUUAAGUCCGAGCUCGAAGAGAUCCUCCGCGGGGUCACGUACAUCAGCAUAGAGCACGUCGGGAGCACAUCCGUCCCCGGGCUCGCAGCGAAACCCACCAUCGACCUCUCGGUUAUCGGCGAGCCGCAGGACAUCCCCGCUGCUAUUGAAUCCUUGACGACCAAAGGCGGGUAUAACUACAUGGGCGAGAUGGGCAUCCCGGACAGGCAUGCAUUUCGGAAACCGGGGGUGGCUCCGACGAGGAAUCUAUACGUCUCCGUCAAGGGUUGUCAGAGCAUCAGGAAUCAGCUUGGUGUCAGAGAUCUUUGUCGAAGCGAUCCGAUCGUGAGAGAUGCUUAUGGGAGGAGGAAGUUGGAGCUAAGCCGGCAGGAGUGGAAAAAUGUCGACGAAUACUGCGAAGCCAAAAACGACAUCAUCGCCUGGAUGCUGGAGAAGGCGGGAUUGGGUGAGGAGGAAAGAGAGGAGAUCAGACAGUUGAACAAGGUGACCGAGACGUAG